CCGCAAGUGACGUCGAUCAAGGCUCGUUGCUGAUGCUCACCGUCCCCAUCCUCCGACCCCGUGCCGCUCACCUCAGCCCCAUCCACCGUUGCCAAGGACAUUUGUGCCAUUUUUAGUCCAUCCCAAGCCAAUUUGGCCGCUUCCCGUGACUUGAGGGAGGGCACCCGACCAGAUGGUUGCUGUCCGUCCGCCGGUUAACCGUCUGUCUGUGCUCGCUGUCUCGCUGCUCGGGGAGGCUGUGGCGUGGUCAUGGGUGUGAUUGUGCAACAAUGCCCAGCCCGUUGGGAUGACACGACAGCUGGGGGUCAUACUCUGCUGACCUUCGGAGUUGACGCGGAAAAUCAUGGUGGGAUAAGUAAGAGGAAUUACAACCCCAGCGCAGCAGCAGCAGCGAUAGCAGAGAAUGCGCCUGGUGAAAACGGGGCUACCUCAAAACUAAACCGCGAAUUCCCGGUGCAUUUCUCCGCCGUCAAAACCGGAUGCACAUGAGUGGAUACCUUUCCCUAAAUCCACAUACGAGACACUAGACCGCGGGCCGCUUCUUUCCGUAACGCUACAGCUCCAUUCCGCCCCUCAGGAAUAAUUCCGUGAAGAGCGCUAUAAAAUGGCUAAUAACCUGUCUUUGGCCUCCAGUUUUCUGCCCUCGAAGACUAUCUACUCCAGAUGCGAACUGCCUUCUUUGCCAUCGCUCUCCACCUUCUGGCUGUCUCGGCUGCGGUCGUGAAGCGAGCCACUGUGAACGAUGUUGCGACUGUUGGCUAUGCUACCCUCAACGGAGGAACAACCGGCGGUUCAGGUGGUCCAACGACUACCGUGUCCACGCUUGCCGCCCUCACAUCGGCAGUCACCGGGAGCGCGAAGAAAAUUGUGCUGAUCUCAGGCACAAUCACGGGAACUGGAUCCGUGCGCGUUGGUUCGAACACCACGAUCAUAGGCAAAUCGGGAUCGGCUUUGGUUGGGAUUGGGUUGCGAGUUUUCCGAGAGCAAAACGUCAUCAUCCGCAACGUCAAGAUCUCGAAAGUGCUCCACCCCGACGAUGCGAUUGGUGUGCAAGAGGCCCAUCAGGUCUGGAUCGACCACGUGGAUCUCUCGUCUGAUCUGGACCACGGCAAGGACUUUUACGACGGACUCUGCGAUUUGACACACGGCGUUACUGGAAUUACAGUCACCAACAGUUUCUUGCACGACCACUUCAAGGCUUCGCUCGUCGGCCAUUCGGACAGCAACGGGGCUCAGGAUACGGUCAUUACUGUCACCUUCGCCAACAACCUAUGGCGCCACGUCAACUCCCGCGCACCGUCCCUUCGAUUCGGGCACGGUCACGUGUUCAACAGCGUCUUUGAUAGCAAUAUCCUGACCAACAUCAACACCCGCGACGGCGCCCAGAUGCUGAUCCAGAACAACGUUUUCAUCAACACCAGUCUUGCCAUCGAGAGCACCGACGGCGGCUUUGCCGUCGCGACCGGAAACGACUUCGGUGGCGCUAAUAACACCGCACCGGUCGGGACGUUCACCAACCCCCCGUAUUCGUUCACCUUGCUCCCAACGGCCAAUGUCAAGGCUGCUGUUGUGGGAACGGCUGGGCAGACCUUGUCUUUCUGAGUUUGAGGACAAGUUGAAGCGAUCAAAUAUGAAAGAGGUGCUCGAAACAAUAUAUGUAGGAGAGGUGUAAGAAGCGCGUAAUACUGUAUCCCAGUACGAUGAUCACGAUUUUUGUCUAUGAAUUUUAUCUGGAGUUUCA